AUGUCUACUAGAGAUGCAUGAAGAGCUGCAUCAUAAAAUUCAUGGCUAGUUAUUAGAUCUAUUAGAAAAAAUCAGGUAGAAUUCUUGUUGUUGAGAGGUCUCGUUCCACCACUACCUAUUAUGGAUCAGAUAUAUGAUUGAUUUUGUUGAAGGCUUGUUGGUUUUCAACGGAUAUAACACGAUCCUUUUCAUAGUCAAUUAAUUGAGUAAAUACACUAAUUUUCUGUGCUAUGAUGUCCCUUCACCGCCGAAGACAUAACUCUGAUUUUUCAUCUAAGACAUCAUGUGGCUUCAUGGAUUCUUGAAAUUGAUCAUCACCAACAUUUGGAGAGGAACAUUUCAAGCAUUACAAGACGACCCUACACCAAAAAAGCUCCUACCAUCUAUAGGCAAACAAUUAGUCAUAGUUCAUGAAGUAUAGUCUUGAAACUUAUCUUUGUUGCUUUGUAGGAGAUCAACCAAAAUAAAAGAGUAGUUGACUCUUGUGGGUGAAAUUUUAGUUCAACACUGACGUGACUCAGUCGUUGUAUAUUAAAUCACACAAAUAUAAAAUUUAUAAAACUAGAAAAUACGAAUUUUCAGAUAUUUAGAAGUAUUUCUGAACAAAUAUAUCAAUUAUAAUUCAAUAAAACUUCCAAAAAUAGCGGUAAUUUUCCAGGUUAAUCACAGGGAUGUAAUAUAAUAUAUGGUAAUUAUUCAGAAUUUUUCUCAAUGAAUACGAUUUUCUAUGAAUUGUAUACUAGGAAAUGAAAAGAAAAUAUAUUUAAAAUUCACAAAAAAGGGAAAUAAGGGUGCGGACGUCAAGAUGACGUCAGUGCCCGGCGAACGCGAAUCGGAUGGAAACAGAGUUCCGCCCGGCGAUUCUUAUGUAAGCGAUUACAGACGAUUUAAUUAAUCAAAUUAAGAUCUAUAAAAGCUGUAAGAAUCGUAAUUGAACAAGGUAUAUUUUGGUAAAUUAAAAACACAAAAAUUAUCACUAAAUGAAGCGUAAAGUAAGUUAAAAGUAGGAAAACAGAGUUCUGACGUCGCGACGGCGAUGCGUCGGUGAUGCACCGAAAUCCUGAGCGUUCGGAAGGAUCGUCGUGUAGUGUCCACAGCCUCGAAGGCUCUCCUUGGACAAAGAUGACGUGGGCAAUUUCUAGAUCUUCUCGCGAAGUCUAGAGAUUAAUGAAAUGGGUCGUCGAGUCGUCUUCGGCAGCUGUCACCCGGCGGAGCAGAAAAAUGGCAACUUUGCGGCUCUCCGGUGGUUGUCACCCGACAGAGAGGAGCCGGAUGGAGGUGGGGCGCAUGUUAGGGAGCUUCAUCCUCAGGUCUACGCAGCAAGAGGAGGCUCUUCAUCGCAUCUGGUACACUCUCAGGAGGUGGCGACUCGUCUCCCGGCGGAUCGUCCUCUUCCUGACGAUGACUUGUUCGUUGAUCUAUUAG